AUGAAGGAUCGAUUGGAGCAACUCAAAGCGACGUGUGAUCAAGAUGACGAUGAGGUGGAGAUUGCUAUCGACAAUGCAGCCUUUAUGGAUGAGUUUUUCUCACAGAUUGAAGACAUCAGAGGCAGUAUUGACAAAAUUGAUGAGAAUGUGGCUGAAGUUAAAAAACUUUACUCUGUCAUUCUGUCUGCUCCCACAUCGGAUCAAAAAACUCAAGACGAACUUGAGGCAAUCACUAACGACAUUAAAAAGAUGGCAAACAAUGCAAGAAACAAACUCAAGACGAUUGAGAGAAAUCUGGAAUCUGAAGAGCAGGAGAGGAUCUCUGCUGACAUGCGGAUACGUAAAUCACAACAUGCAGUACUUUCUAGAAAAUUUGUGGAGGUAAUGACGAAGUACAAUGAAGCGCAAGUAGAUUUCAGAGAGAGGAGUAAAGGGAGAAUUCAAAGACAGUUGGAGAUCACUGGAAAAGCAACUACCGAUGAUGAACUUGAAGAAAUGUUAGAGAGCGGAAACUCUGCUGUCUUUACUGCAGGGAUUGUAGACUCUGGGAUUUCUAAACAAGCCCUUAGUGAAAUAGAAUCCAGACACAAAGACAUUGUCCGGCUGGAAAGCAGCAUCAAGGAGCUGCAUGAUAUGUUUGUUGACAUUGCCAUGCUGGUGGAAAGCCAGGGUGAUAUUGUUGACAACAUUGAGCAGAAUGUAUCAAAAUCUGUAGACCACAUUGUACAAGCGAAGGAGCAGACAAAAAAAGCAGUAAGGUACCAGACCAAAGCCCGCAAGAAAACUGUGAUUCUAGUGGUGGUUGUGUUAACACUCAACAAAAUGAACAUCAUUAUUAUCACCAAAUAA